CGCGUGGGGUUUGAGGCCGAGAGGUACUCCUGCGGCUACCAACAUGGAGAGUCUGUACCGAGUCCCGUUCUUAGUGCUCGAAUGUCCCAACCUGAAGCUGAAGAAGCCGCCCUGGGUGCACAUGCCAUCGGCCAUGACGGUGUACGCUCUGGUGGUGGUGUCUUACUUCCUCAUCACCGGAGGAAUAAUUUAUGAUGUUAUUGUUGAACCUCCGAGUGUUGGCUCUAUGACUGAUGAACAUGGACAUCAGAGGCCAGUAGCUUUCCUGGCCUACAGAGUAAAUGGACAAUAUAUUAUGGAAGGACUUGCAUCCAGCUUCCUGUUUACAAUGGGAGGUUUAGGUUUCAUAAUCCUGGACCGAUCCAAUGCACCAAAUAUUCCAAAACUCAAUAGAUUUCUUCUAUUAUUCAUUGGAUUCAUCUGUGUCUUAUUGAGUUUUUUCAUGGCUAGAGUAUUCAUGAGAAUGAAACUGCCGGGCUAUCUGAUGGGUUAGAGUGCCUUUAGAGAAGAAAUCAAUGAAUACUGGAUUUGCUCCCGUUAAUGAAGUUUUAAAGGCUAUACCAAUCCUCUAAUAUGAAAUGUGGGAGAGAAUGAAGAGCAGCAGUAAGAAAUAUCUAGUGAAAACACAGGAAGCAUAUCAAAGCUUGGAACUAGAAUUUCUUCUUGGUCUCAAAGGCACAAGUUUAUCACAGUAUUUUUUCCUGCUGACCUAUACUGGCAUACCAACGAUGUUAAGUGGCAUUUUCUUCUUAGUUUUUCAUUUCUUAAAUGAAAAACUCCAUUUCUACAACUAUUGAAUAAAAUGAUUUAUUUUUUACAACCCCCUUUACAUUUUUUGGAGAUGAUAUUUCUGGUUUUCAGAAAUUAAUGUAAAAUCUGCAAGCAAGAUCCCAUAAACAGAACUUUGGACAGCUGAUCGGCUUUACUUAUGGUGCUUUGUCUUUAACAGUGUGUAUGAUAGUACAUUAUUUCAGAUAUGUAUGUAAGACUGUACCCUGAACAAUAAAAGGUAUGAAAGGAGCAGGAAUAAAUAAUUUUUCUAAUUAA